CUCUCUCCCUCUACAAAAACCCCUCUCUCUCUCUCCCAUAUAUUUCAUCAACACUCCCUCUCCCUCUACCAAAUAGCAAUCAACAGCAGUAGUAGUAGAGUGAGUGAGACAGUGAUAUCAUGGAUCCUCCUCCUCCUCCUCAAAUGCAAAUGCAAAUGCCAAAACACAACAUCCACUACCCUCAAAACUCACCCACCUCCUUUUUCUACUUUGCACAACUCACCCUCCGAAUUCUGGUCAUUGGAUUCACCCUCGCCGCAGCCAUCACCAUGACCACCAGUCACCAGUCUGUCACCUUCUUCGGGAUUGUGAUGGAUGCCCGUUACACCUACUCCUCUUCUUUCAGGUUCAAGAUGGUUGCAGAUUCUUUAGCAUGCGGCCUCUCUCUACUUUCCGUCAUUCAUCUUCUUUCACUCAAUCGUCCUAAAUCAAACCCCAACAAUUACUUUUAUUUGUUCUUGCAUGAUUUGGUGAGCGCGGUUUUGUUGCUAUCCGGAUGCUCCGCUGCAAUGGCCAUCGGGUACGUUGGACGAUUCGGACAGCCUCAAACCGGUUGGAUUGCAAUUUGUGAUCGGGUGCCCAAAUUCUGUGACAAGAUCCUGGUUUCAAUUGUCUCAUCUUUCUUGGCUGUCAUUUGCCUACUUGUGCUUACAAUCAUGUCUGCCCACAAACUCAAAUCUCACCCAUACUCCCACCCAAUCUGAAUUGAAUUCAGACACAGAUCAACUCCACCUAAUUAAUAAAAUUACUGUCACACCCAGCACCACCUGUUCCCCCCCCCCCUCUCCCCCCCUUUUCUUUUUUUCCCUAGUUUCCAGGUUCUUUUUUAUUUCUUCUUCAUUUCCGGAAUUAUAUGUGUACUAGGUUUGUGUGUCUGUCAAAAAAAAAAAAAAAAACCCAAAAAGAUGCUCUUGCAUUCUGUGGACAGUACAUUAUUAUUACCUGCGAUGUUAAAUGCAUUCCUACAUAGUUGUGUGUA